AUGGAGGCUAUCUUAGAGCAGUACUUGGAGGACACAAUGAAGAAUCCAUCCACUGCUGGAGUCCUAUGCACAGAUUCACAAUGGCUCAAUCUGGGCUGCCUCGGAACCCUGUCAGAUGAGCGUGCUGGGGUGAUAUCUGUUUUAGCCCGGCAAGCAGCUAAGCUAACCUCAGACCCCACUGAUAUUCCUGUGGUAUGUCUAGAAUUAGAUGAUGGGAACAUUAGAAACACGAUGGCAUCACACUGGCAGUGCACAAAAUGGCCUCUUGA